CAACAAUCCUAGCGCACAGAAAUUCGCUAGGGAAGGGGUUGAUGAACAUGAAUUUCAAUGCAAUAAUAUAUUUUAAAGUCUCCCGAAACGACUUGGGCUAUUUUUCUUUGUAUGCUUUUGUUGGCCGACCAGUUGUUAUCGUAGCAUUCGUCUAUAAUAUUAUUGACAACCGAGUUUACCAAAACUGUCUCGCUUGGAUAACACAGCUAGCUAGCCAGCCAGAUAAUGUUAGCUGUUUCAGACAGGGGCGAUUGUGAUUUGUUGUCGGUGUUUUGUUGAUCAGAACUCAUAGUUUGUCACAUUGACAUUGGAAUAACGUUAUUUUAAACUGGCUAACUACGUUAGUUGGUUAACUAUUGUUUAAAAGUCAAGCUACAGGCAGCUAACUUACUAGCUAGCUUUUUUUAGGCAGCUGUCAGCUAGGUUAUUUUAUUUUCGAGCUAGGUAGCAAUUAGGAAGCUAGCUAACAAGGGAAGUAAUUUGUUUGAUUCUAAACAGCUGGCUAUUUUUCCCAGUUGUGGUUUCAAGUUGGUGCCAGUUUGCACAUUCAUGUUAGUGUGGUUAGCUAUAUGUUUCAGGGAAGUUGUCUUGCCAAACAUUUGUUUUAUUGCAUACAUUGAGUUUUUAGCUUUACUUUGCUGUAACGUAUUUAUUCUGUCAGUGUUAUAAUGUUCACGAAGCCAGUUAUAACCGUACUGUAUGUUAUUGUCAAGAGCAGGUUGACUUAAAAUAGCCGGAACAAACAUUCAACCAUAUUGCCUCACAUUACUAUAUUUGCAAUGUGUCACAUAUGGACAUUUUUGUUUUAAAUGUGUGGAAUGCUGCAGUAAUUGUUGGCUAAUAAGCUGUAAGAAGUUGUAGUGGAUCUUGAACCUUUACAGGUCAAUUGAACCACUCACCAUGCAACCCUGUUAAAAAGUCUACUUACAUCAAGUUGUCUAUGUUCUAGCUGUUGUGUAGGUCUAUAAAGCACACAAUAUUUAAUACUACGGUCAUGUGUUAUCACAAACUACUUAAUUGAUAUUUAUUUACUCUUCUUUUGGGUCUAUUUGGCGUUAUAGUCAAAUUACUCCAGCUAGCAUAAAACUGUUCAGAUUUGGCUUGUGAAGGAAAAAUGAGUGGUCAUGGUUCAUCAGAAAAGGAAAUUAACACCAGUCUAAUUUGUCAAGAGAGCUAUGCUUGUGGGGGCUCAGAAGAGGCUGCUUUUGAAUGUGAUGAAUGUAGAAGCUUGCAGUGUGUUCGCUGUGAGCAGGAACUCCAUAGUCAAGAGGGCCUGCAGAACCAUGAACGGGUAGCAAUAGGCCCAUGGCAUGUACCCUACUGUGACAACUGUAGAGGAGGGAAGGAAAGGCCAGUGAAUGGCUGCCGCCACAGGUCUGUCGUCCGCUGCCAGAACUGCAAAGUCAACCUGUGCCAACCGUGUCGGAAAAGCACCCACAAUGGAGGUAACAAGAGGAAGCACCCACUCACUGCCUAUCCUCCUCCACCCAAACCUGCAGAGCUCAACUCAACCCCUUCACCCAAACCUGCAGAGCUCAACUCAAACCCUCCACCCAAACCUGCAGAGAUCAAUUUAAGCUUAUUGGUAGACGAGGCAGAAGUCCAGAAGGCAAAACUUCUGGAGAAAGUCUGCAGUUUUCUUCUGGUUGAUGCGAAUGAGGAGAUGCAGGUAAAGGACGAUGGCGCGUUUGUGAAGAAAUUGAACUGCAAACCUGACAAGCUGAUCAAGGUGGUGUCCAUCUUUGGCAACACAGGAGAGGGCAAAUCCCACACUCUGAACCACACUUUCUUCAUUGGCAGGGAGGUGUUCAAGACCUCCCCCACACAGGAGUCCUGCACAGUGGGGGUGUGGGCAGCAUUUGACCCCAUCCACAAGGUGGUGGUCAUUGACACAGAGGGCCUGCUGGGUAACAGCUCCAACCAGGGCCAAAGAACACGACUCCUUCUCAAGGUGCUAGCUAUCUCCGACCUCAUAAUCUACCGUACCCAUGCCGACCGCCUCCAUGACGACCUCUUCAAGUUUCUGUGUGACGCGUCGGACGCCUACCUGAAGCAUUUUACCAAGGAGCUGAAGGCCACUACGGCCCGCUGUGGCAUUGACGUGCCUCUGUCCACCCUGGGUCCGGCCGUCGUCAUCUUCCAUGAGACCGUCCACACCAAGCUGCUGGGCUCAGGAACAGGAACACGCUGUCAUGCAUGUCGAUCCAGAGCAUCCCAAACAUUCUCAAUGGGUGAUAUGUCUGACAACUCAUCAGAGUCUGUAGAUCGGUUGCUACUUGAGCGGUUCAGGAAGCUAGGCCGUUUCCCAGAGGCAUUUAGCUCCAUCCAGUACCGAGGCACGCGUACCUGCAGCCCCCCAACCGACUUUGGUGGCCUGCAGCACACCCUGGAGCAGCUGCUGGACAACAACGCCACCCGCUCCCCUCGCUCCCCAGUCGUCAUCUUCAAAGCCUUGCAGGCCCUGAGUGAGCGCUUCAAUGGGGAGAUCUCUGAUGAGAUCAUAGCCCACAAUUGCUUCUUCCCCGAUGAGUAUUUCACCUGCUCCUGCCUCUGCCUCAGUUGCGGCUCUGGCUGCAAGAACAGCAUGAACCACCUUGGGGAGGGGGUGUGUCAUGAGGCCAAACACCGCUGCCGUUACUCACCCCAAUACGACAAUCGCAUCUACACCUGUAAGGCCUGUUACGAAGGGGGAAAGGAAGUGGUGGUGGUUCCCAAGACCUCUGCGUCCUCAGACUCUCCGUGGCUGGGCCUUGCUAGAUUUGCUUGGUCAGGGUACGUGAUUGAAUGUCCAAACUGUGGGGUGAUCUAUCGGAGCCGGCAGUACUGGUAUGGGAACCAGGACCCAGUGGAUACGGUGGUCCGCACUGAAAUCCAGCAUAUAUGGCCUGGGGCAGAUGGAUUCCUGAAGGACAAUAGCAAUGCAGCACAGCGUCUGCUGGAUGGUGUUAACUUCAUGGCCCAGUCUGUGUCAGAGCUCAGUGUGAAGCCUGCCAAGGCCGUCACCUCCUGGCUAACGGAUCAGAUCGCCCCGACCUACUGGAAACCCAACUCCCUCAUACUGACAUGCCUUAAGUGCCAAGAGGUCUUCCAAGACAACGAUACCAAGCAUCACUGCCGUGCCUGUGGGGAAGGGUUCUGUGACACAUGCUCGUCCAAAGCCACGCCUGUCCCAGAGAAAGGCUGGGGUCUGGUCCCCGUGAGAGUCUGUGACACCUGUUUUGAGCAGAGGGCCACACAUACAGAGCUGUUGCAUGCAGAGGUUGAAGAUGAGGAAGGUGGAAACCUAGCCAGGAAGGUUGGAGAAGCAGUAUCAAACACACUGGGCGCCGUGGCUACUGCUAUUGACAUCCCACUGGGUCUGGUCAAGGAUGCUGCGCGUCCUACCUACUGGGUGCCUGACCAGGAUAUCCUCUCUUGCCACAACUGCCAGUGCAGCUUCACUGCCAAGUUGUCCAAGCACCACUGUCGCGCCUGCGGGCAAGGCGUGUGUGACGAGUGCUCGCUGGAACGUCGGCCGGUCCCGUCGCGGGGCUGGGACCACCCCGUCCGUGUUUGUGCUAACUGCAACCAGAAACCUGGAGACCUUUAACGGGGCUGGCCCUCUUCCCUUACAACACUGGACUGAACCACCUCUAGACCCUCCACCCACCCCUUAUAGACCUCCAUUAAAUGGUUCUGUCCCGUGUCUGUGGCAAGUGUGUUUUUAGUAAAUCUAGUUUUAGGGUUUCUGAUGCCUUGUAGAACAACAGGAACAUCUAUGUAAUUUGUCAUCAAGAGUGAGCCAGGAAGAUAUUUUGAGCUCUUCAUUUACCCAAAUCACAGCUUUUUUUAAAUGGUUUAAAAAUAUUUUUCUACCAUGGAAAAAAAGUACAUUUGUAGCAUGUUAGCAAUGUUCUUUUCUUGAGAAACCUGGGGAGGGGGUUAGUUUUAAUCAAUACUUUCCAUAAGGCCUUGUUUUACUGAUGUUACUGCUAAUGUUGAGGGGAUAAUGGGGUCAGUGAAGUCCCUGCUGCAGGUUAAUUGCAUGCUCUACUACACUAUUUUAGGUUUGCUCUAAGUCUGUUGCAGCUUUACAAAGCUGCUGCUUAUCAUAGCCAGAAAAAUACAAAAAAACAAAGAUUUGACUUAGAUUUGAGUGUGCAUGACCACCCAUAUCCCAUUUUUCAACCAGUCUGUCAAGAGUUAGUCAACUUUAGAUUUAGGAUAUUUGGUCUACAAAUAGCCUUUUGGGUUACUGUUUCUGUUGACACUAACUUCAUAUUUACUUCAGAGGUUAUGGUUCUAUGAAGACAUGGAAUUAUGCUAGAAGGUGAAUUCAGGAUUUUAGAAACUUUGUUUUGUAGAAAACAAUUGUUUAGUUUGAGUCUGAAAGAUGCAUAGCCUUUGAGAUGUUCAGAGGGUCUGGUGAUCUCUGAAUAAAUCAAUACCUAACCUCAUUGUUAUAUUUUAACUUAUACUGGGUGGUAUUUUUGUAAUGUAUCUGACCAUUUCUGUUACUUAAGUGUAUACACAUGAUGUGCAUUAUGCACAUAGAAUUUGAAUGGUGUGGCAGUUACUACCGUUUGUUUGAAUCUUGUUUGAUCACCAUAAGCAUCGGCUGGUGGGACAAUGAACUCAGCAUUUGUUUUCAGCCCUCUGCUUCUGUUGCAUUAUUUGUCAUCCAUGUUAAAGAUUGCAGUGUCAAAUAGAUUGCAUGCUCAUUCUUUCAUAUUUUGUGCUUUUUAAUAAUUGAGAGAUGAUAUGCUAUAUGUAGACAGUAAGUCAUCUUAAGUUAGUUUAAUGUGGUUUUAUUUCUGAAUAGUGUUAUUGGUAUAUUUGAGUUCAAUUGCUUUCUUGACUGGAAUCUGUUGUCCUUUAUUCAUACAACACUUGGAUAUGCACAGUCAGCUAGCAUUUAUACCUUAACCAUUUCACUUUGAUGGUUAGAUGAAUAAGAGGCUGAAAUGUCAGAACCCAGGGAACAAUAUUACCUGGAUACAUGCCAACCAAGCAGAUAUGUUUAUUUCCUUUAUGUGUUUGGAAAAAAAGGAAAAUUAAGAAAAAAAGGUUGUCCUGUAAGCAUGUAAGAGAUAAUUGUCAUUUUGUUAGAUUUCUAUUUUAUUUUUGCCCUUUUGUCUAAGCUGUAACCCUAGAUGGUGAGGUGUAGAAAUUACGAUAGAAUCUGCCUUGUCUGCUGUCAAAAUGUUUAUCUGAUUGAAUGAUGUCAUUGUAUGAAACUAAGUCAUGUCUGUGCUGCUAAUAUUGCACAGAAUAAUAGCCAGGAAUGUCAGCUAUGUCCCCAUCUAGUCCUUUGUUUUCCAAACCUAUUGCUUGAGAGAGACCUUUGUGACAGAAAUGAUAAUGGAUUGAAUUCUCGACACUCCUAAUGCACAGACAAAGAGGUAUGAAACACUAUGUAAUGCUGUUAUUGAACAUAAGAUCAUGAAAAAGUGUGGAUGUCUGCAUAUUGACAAUGUCCAUAAGUGGUGGAAUAACUAUAUUAAAGUCUUAUCAGCUCA